AUGGAGCUCGCCGAUAAGAAGGCCAGCGACGCCGCGGGCCUCACUGACGGUGCUGGCGUCACCGCUGGCGGGGCGCGCCGCCGCCGCCGCUGCAACCCAGCGAUCAUCCUGGGCUCGCUGGGCUUUGCUCUCGGCCUGAUCUCCCUCAUCUUCGCCAUCUACGCCGCCACGGUGGCGCGCAAGGGCUUGACUGCGGCGAACAGCGGCGGCGGCACGGGCGCGGUGCUCUCGACCGACCCCCGCCGCGGACCCGCGGGCGCAGCUUUUGACGGCGGCCUCUUUGCGGGCAGCGGCUACUUCGCCCCCAUGCGGCCUAUGAAGUACUCCCGCUCGGAUUUCCGGGCCUCUCCCGUCGGCAAUGACAUCUACCUCACCGGCGGCCUCACAAAUGAGGCGGCCCCCAUUCCCGGGGACGCCAACAGCACCGUGGCCAAGCCAACAGGCCGCGCCAUCCCGAACCUCGUGCGCUAUGACACGUACACCGGCGCCGCAAGGGAGCUCGCCCCCAUGCCCGAGCCCAGGACGCGCCACGCGGCGGCCGUCUAUGGCAACAACAUCUACAUCAUGGGCGGCCUCACUGAUGUGAGCGACCCCGACAAGCACGACCCCGCUGGGACUGUCCUUGUGUAUGACGUCACCAAAGGCACCUGGAGCACGCUGCCAGGCCGGCUCACGACGCCGCGCACAGACGCGUGCGCCACCGCGAUUGACGGGAAAAUCUACCUGAUGGGUGGCUGGGCGGCCAACUACUCAGCCCAGUUGGGCGGAGAGGUCCUCGACCUCAAGACCGGCGCCUGGUCCCCCCUGCCCGACGGCAUGAUCAAGCGCGGCGACUGCGAGUGCGCCGCCCUCGACGACUGCGUGUUUGUCGUCGGCGGCUGGGGGCCCGAGGACUUCAGCAACGUGUCGGAGUGCUACCACCCGUCCAAGGGCGCCUGGAGCCGCCGCGCGGACAUGCCGCGCCCGAGGGGGGACUUUGCUGCGGAGCUGCUGCCGGGCGGCCGCGUGCUGGUGCUGGGCGGCGAAUCGGGGCUGCCCGGCAAGCAGGGCUCCAACGAGCACGCCAUGCACCACGUCGACCUGUACGACUUUGGGGACGACGUCUGGACCCGCAAGGCGCCGCUGCCCGAGGCGCGCUUCCGCUUUGACGCGGCCCACGUCGACCAGCGGGUGUACGUGUAUGGCGGCCAGCCCACCUGCACCAACUCCCCCAAAGACAACGAGGCUCUCGGCAGGCAGCCGUGCGUCAAGGUGGCUCUGGACUCGACCUAUGUCUUCCUCGAUAUUGACCACCCCAACACAUACCUCUACACAAAGCAGUAG